GAGACGUCUACUUAUACGCUCAAGUUGCCACCCGAGCUUACUCGGCGGCGCAUCCAUCCGACGUUCCAUGCUAGUAUGUUACGGCCCCACGAGGGGAACGACGACUUGUUAUUUCCUCAUCGUGAAGCUCUUACGACUUAUGAUUUUGGAGAGCCAAACGAUGUUGAAUGGCUCGUCGAGGAGAUACUUGCUCAUCGUUGGGUCGGCAACAAUUUACAGUUUUUAGUUCGCUGGCAUAUUGGCGAAGCUACU